AAGAUGCUUGCUCUCACCAUCUCUCCCUCCUCGUCAAUGACCGAGCUAGGGUUUCGCUCUGCCUCUCCGCGACAUAAAUUUCCGCUCUUCCCUCGCUCAAAUACACUACAACUCUCUUGUUUCAAGCCGAGGAACCAGAAGUUAGGGUUUCAUAAUGGGCGUAGGAGCGAAAUAUUGAAGUUGUCUGUGAACCUGAAGUCUCUGAUGAGUGUUGAGAAGCCGGUCGAGAAAGAUGGGAGUAGGGGUGCGAGUGAGGAGAAAUAUGACGCUAUUGUCAUCGGGUCCGGAAUUGGUGGACUGGUUGCUGCAACUCAGCUGGCGGUGAAGGGAGCGAAGGUGCUGGUGCUAGAGAAGUAUGUGAUUCCUGGUGGGAGUUCAGGGUUUUAUCAGAGGGACGGGUAUACAUUUGACGUUGGAUCGUCUGUGAUGUUUGGAUUCAGUGAUAAGGGAAAUUUAAAUUUGAUAACCCAGGCAUUGGCAGCAGUGGGGUGUAAGAUGCAGGUGAUUCCUGAUCCAACCACUGUCCAUUUUCAUCUACCUGAUAAUCUGUCCGUACAAGUACACAGAGAGUACAAUGACUUCAUUGCAGACCUCACCAAUAAAUUUCCCCAUGAAAAGGAAGGGAUCCUCAAAUUUUACGGCGAAUGUUGGAAGGUCUUCAAUGCCUUGAACUCACUGGAAUUGAAGUCACUUGAGGAGCCACUCUACCUUUUUGGGCAAUUCUUUCAGAAGCCCCUGGAAUGCUUGACUCUGGCUUACUAUUUGCCUCAGAAUGCUGGAGACAUUGCUCAGAAGUUUAUAAGGGAUCCCAAAUUGUUGUCUUUCAUAGAUUCUGAGUGUUUUAUAGUGAGCACAGUUAAAGCUUCACAGACACCAAUGAUCAAUGCAAGCAUGGUUCUAUGUGACAGGCAUUUUGGGGGAAUCAACUACCCGGUUGGUGGUGUUGGUGGAAUUGCAAAGUCCUUGGCAAAAGGACUGGUUGAUAAGGGAAGUAAAAUACUUUACAGGGCAAAUGUUACCGGCAUUAUACUUGAGCAUGGGAAGGCUGUAGGAGUAAGGCUUUCAGAUGGAAGGGAGUUCUUUUCCAAAACUGUAAUAUCAAAUGCAACUAGAUGGGAUACCUUCGGUAAACUUUUAAAAGGAGAAGAUCUUCCAAAAGAGGAGGAAGACUUUCAAAGAGUUUAUAUUAAGGCCCCAUCAUUUCUUUCCAUUCACAUGGGUGUGAAAGCAGAGGUGUUGCCACCAGAUACAGAUUGCCAUCAUUUUGUUCUUGAGAGUGAUUGGACACGGUUGGAGGAGCCAUAUGGUAGCAUAUUUUUGAGCAUUCCAACUGUUUUGGAUCCAUCGUUGGCUCCAGAAGGAUGCCAUAUUCUUCAUAUAUUUACAACAUCUUCCAUAGAGGACUGGAAGGACCUCCCUCAAAAAGAUUAUGAAGCCAAAAAGGAGCUUGUGGCGGAUGACAUCAUAAGCAGACUAGAAAGUAAACUUUUUCCAGGGCUUAAAUCAUCCAUUGUUUUUAAAGAGGUAGGGACACCCAAGACGCAUAGGCGAUUCCUUGCUCGUGAUAAUGGUACCUAUGGGCCUAUGCCACGUGAAAUCCCUAAGGGCUUGUUGGGGAUGCCAUUCAAUACAACAGCUAUAGAUGGACUCUACUGUGUUGGUGAUAGCUGCUUUCCAGGGCAAGGAGUUAUAGCUGUUUCCUUUUCAGGAAUCAUGUGUGCUCAUCGAGUAGCUGCUGAUAUCGGGCUUGAGAAAAGAUCUCCGGUAUUGGAUGCUGCCCUUCUUAGACUUCUUCGCUGGUUCAGGACAAUUGCUUGAAAAAGAUUGGCUUCA